UUGCAGGCAGACAUCUGCUUUUGAGGAAACAAUUCCCCCAUUAUUAUUGAUAUCUUUUGCAUUUAAACCUUGGUUCUUUAUUUUGUGACAAAAGGCACACCGAGGCCAAUCAAGAGUUGUUGAACCGAUCAAUAACAAUGGCAUCCGAGAUGGAGACGAACAUCACCACUCUCAAUCAAGACGACGCUGCUCUCUUCACACUCCCGUGGGAGAUCAGAGAGCGCAUCUACGAGUACUACCUCUCUUUCGACCACCAAGACUUUGGCUCCACCCUCCGGCCCCUACACGUCUACUUCGAGCAAGGGAACUACACGAAACCGCUGCCUUCCUUGAUGUUGACAUGCAAGCGCGCCUACCGGGAGCUGCACAAGCAGGUCCACGCUGACGCCGUCAUGCGCGUCCAUUCCCAGGGCUUCGGCGACCGGCGCAUCGGCUUCGCCGUCCACGGCACCCUGCGCUUCGAGCGCCUUCGCCGGCUGUACGUUCUCAUCGCCAUGGAGUACCCGAACUGGAACCGCUGGCUGGCCAUAUUUGCCGAGGUGGCACGGCGUUCCAGAGACCUAGUCGAGCUCGUCAUUGACUGGGAGCCGAGGCCGGCUGUCCCGAACCUGAAGGGGUGGGAGGUCAAGUUUAACGAGAAGAAGUAUGACGAGUUCUUUGGACACCUGUCGGAGCUGCGCAACCUCGAUGUCAUCCGGUUCUAUGGGGAGCUGCCGGUAGGUUGGAGGGAUAGGUUCGAGAAGGAAACAUCGGCGAGGCUUAUAUGCUACCCGUUCAAAUGGUGGAAAGAACAGGGGUUAGAGUAGUCGAGUAGGCUAGGAUAGUAGUUCUCUAUGGGUGUCGUGAGUCCAACAGUCUUGAUGAAUAUGGAGCCACGAAACCCAUGAUACAAAUUGCUACUUACCCAUACUUCGUUCUGGCCAGCCCGCGUCA